AUGCACUGUCGUCUGAGUGAUCCUUAUCCCCCGCCCUCCACCACCCCACCCCCGCCGUUUGCAGGUUUCCCGAGCAAGGAGCUACGAUGCCGUUUGGCGUUGGCAAUCACUGUGAAUUUUGUGAAUUAUCACACCCCGGCCGAGACCCAGGUCGAGGAGAUCAGUGGUGUGUCGAGUAUUUUCAAUCAGCAAUUUUUCGCCCGUCUCGCCGCGGACACGGGGAUUGAUUUGGAAAAUAUUGUAUACUACAAAGAUGAAACGCACUACUUUGUAAUGACCGCGAAGAAGCACAGUUUGCUGGCCAAGGGUGUGCUGAAACAGGAUCGAGAGGAUUCGAACAGCCUGCUCAGCCCGGACAAUGUGGACAAACAGGCGUUACAAGCGUACGCGCGUGAGACCGCGCACUACGUGACCAAGGGACAACUGGUUCAGCUGGAUUUCGCGGUGAAUGCGCGUGGUGAACCGGACGUGGAAGUGUUCGAUUUCACCCGGAUGUUUGCGGCCGAGUACUCUUGUCGAAUUAUCGAACGGAGUGAUCUGUUGCUUAUGCAAUGCCUGAUUGGAGAUGGCUUGUUCGAACCGUUUUGGCCCACGGGCAGUGGUUGUGCGUUGGGUUUUCUCUCCGCUCUGGACGCCGCGUGGGCAGUGUCUCGUCUCGCCGCCGGGAUGCAUCCGCUCCAAGUGAUUGUGCAACGCGAGUCAGUUUAUCAACGUCUGAGCCAAACUACCGCACAGAACAUGCCGCCGAAUUUCUCGGACUAUACACUGGAUCCGCGAACCCGAUACGUCCGGUGUGAUUUGAAUCUGUUCAGUCCGGCCCAGGUUCGUCAUCUGUACUCACUCAAGGGUGGGAAAGGAAUUAAACUCACCAAAAAUUGGUAUCAAGAGAUUAACGGUUCCAUCAAAGCCGGUUCCAAUCCGUUACGUGAUCAGUUAAAUCUAGCCCGAUCCAUGCUCACUCGAACCGGAGACGGGGAUGGGCUUAAUCAACACACAUCAGUCCCAGAUUGUAAUCUGGCCCUUUUACGCUGGUUCCGAUUCCGACUGGCUUUCUACGAAUCUCUCGAGCUGAUCGAACCGGUCCACGAUCUCUCACCAACACAGUGGGAAUCCGGUGCGAAUUUGCUCUGUCUGAUUCACCUGUACCGACCGGAUUUAGUGCCCGAGCUGGAACAGUUCGUACUGGACCCGGACACCCAAUCCGAUCCGCGUUCCGUGCUCAACGGUGAUUUGGGUGUGCCCCAUCCGAAACCGAGUCUAAUUCGUGCCUGUGGUCUGUUGAUUGAACACUUCAAUGUGGAAUUUGUCGCGGAUUUCGAUAAGGGCAACACCACAACCACUUAUCCUCGUUCCGAUACCGAUUGGCAAUGGUAUUUGACUCUGGUACAAGAAGCACUCAGUCAGUUGCACAUGGCCGGACCUCCAUCAAUUGCCGCUUCUUCGAAACAGGCCAAAUCCUUGACUCGCACCCAGUCCAUGAUGACCCCAUCCAAUUUUCUGAACAAAUCGCCGGUCAAAACUGUGCUGAACAGUUUAGCUAUCAGUCCGAAGCGAAAACCAGUCUUGGAGAAACAAUUCGACCCGUCCCAGACAAACGGUCGCGUCCGUGGAGUGUUUCGUGAGGAUCCGACAUGGUCGGUUGAAAAGGGCCUGUUAUUGAAACGUCGUGCCGAGUUGAUUGCCACGCUGCAAGAUCCCGCUUCUACCAAACGACGCUCUCCCAUUCCACCUCACUUGAGGCCAUCCUUAGAGAAUGCGAAUAUUGAUAGAGCGAAAAAAUUUGUGGUCUCGCACAUGGCUCUGCAUUCGAUUGCGGAUCGAGAUAACGGGGCCGCUGAAAUACAGCCAUCUAUGAUCAAGCCUAUCACAGUACCCGAGAGUGUCGCGCGUCUGUUCGCUCCACGCAAAGGCAGUGCACAUUGCUACGUGUGUGACAAACGCUUGUAUUUGAUCGAACGGCUGAUGGCAUUCGGUUUGUUUUUUCAUCGUCACUGUUUUCGAUGUUCCGAAUGUGGAUCUCAGCUACAAACCGACAAGGCCACGUGUGUGCGCGCCACGUCACGUGACGAACGCGACAAAUUCUUUUGUCCGGCUCACUCGCAAGCGGCCAAUCUCGUUCCGUCCGUGGCCUCGGGUAAAACGACCCCCAAACCCCGUGCCAAUCACAAUUCAACCGGUGUCUCGCUUGAGGCUCGACUUCGAGCCGGCGAAUUUCCAUUUGGUCCGCCCGACCGGUCAAAUCCCACACAGAAUCCAAGCGUAUCGUUUUUGUCUUCUACUCGAGCUCAAUCUCUAGCCGAUUUGAUCCCUCACAAUCGACCUCCACCGACAAUGCCCUCUGCCGUUUUACCCACACGUCCCGGUCAUUCGGCUCUCCUAGCCGGGCUUCGGGGAGUGGAUGAUGCCGAAGAAAUUAUGGGUGUGCCAAGCCCCAUCGGCCGUCCCCUGCGACAUCCAUUGCACAUGCUUCGUGACUCUUCAUCAUCAUCCGCAUCGCCCGAACGGCGCCCACCAUCCCAACCACACCGUCGUCGAAUCGGGCCGGCUGGAGAUGAACUACGUCCGAACGGUAUCCGGGAUGAUGCGGCACCCGGACCAGAUUGUUAUCUGGCUGGUCAUCUCGGUCUCCCCGAGGUGGAACGUCGUGCCAACUGGGAACUCAAUCAGUCCGGGGCUUGGCCUGACGCAUCGAUCCCUGACAUUUUGGAGCACAUGAGCUAUUACACUCGCAUGUAUGAUGCAUUGGUGACAGCGCGACUCACUGGAAUCGCAUCGGACAGAUGA